CCUGUCUACGUGGUACCUAUGGAGAAAGAAAACAACGUGACAGAGUUCAUCCUCCAUGGGCUGACACAAGAUAAGAGAGUUGCAAAAGUUUGCUUCUUGUUAUUCUUAACCUUCUAUGUCACUAUCAUUCUUGGAAACCUGCUUAUCAUUAUUACUAUAAAAACGAGUGAACAGCUGAGCUCUCCCAUGUACAUCUUCCUGAGCCACUUGUCUUUUGUGGACAUCAGUUACUCUACUGUCAUAGCUCCCAAACUCAUUUAUGACCUUCUUCUUGAGAAGAAGACCAUCUCUUUCGUGGGCUGCACAGCUCAACUGUUUGGGGGCCAUUUCUUCAGGUGCACUGAGAUCUUCCUUCUCACAGUGAUGGCCUAUGACCGUUGCACUGCUAUAUGCAAGCCGCUUCAUUACACAAAUAUUGUGACCAAACGCGUCUGCAUCUGGUUGGUGGCAGCUUCUUGGGUGGGAGGCUUUGUACACUCCAUGGUGCAGACCCUGCUGGUCAUUCAGCUGCCUUUUUGUGGGCCCAGUGAGAUAGACCACUAUUUCUGUGAUGUUCACCCUUUACUGAAGCUGGCUUGCACUGACACCUAUAUCAUUGGUGUCAGCGUGAUUGCCAAUAGUGGUGUGAUUUCCCUGGGCUGUUUCAUUGUUCUUAUUGUGUCCUACACUGUUGUCUUGGUUUCUUUGAGGGUGUGCUUUUUUGAAGGGCAUCUUAAAGCUGUCCGUACGUGUACUUUCCAGAUCACUGUUGUAGUUCUGCUCUUUGGACCAGGCAUUUUCAUCUAUAUGCGCCCUUCCACCACCUUCUCAGCAGACAAGACAGUCUCUGUGUUCUACACCGUCAUCACACCUAUGCUCAACCCCUUGAUCUACACCCUCCAAAACAAAGAAGUGAAAAAUGCCAUGAAAAAGUUGUGGAGCCGGAAAGUGAAGAGGAGUGAGAAGUGAAACAACACAGUGUAUGUUUGUAAGAUGGUGUGAGCUUAAGUAAUCAUGGGGAGGGUUCAGAGAAGUGCCCAGGAGAGACUUUCCAGUAAUGCUGCUGUGGUUUUAGUGCAGCUAUUCAGAAUAAUGCUGACACUAAACUCAAGGGUUUAUGUAACUCAUGUGCUUCGGAAACUGUUAACCAAAAGGAUGUGAGCUUAUCAUCAGCUCUCAGACAUGAACUUGGUGGGUGUUAUUGUGGCAUUUACCUUGAGGCACCUCAGAGCUGUAUCUGGGGUAUUUGCUUAGGCUUCUCUUGGCAUUAGGAGAAACAACCAAGUGUUUGAGAGGUUGUUCUUUCCUCCAAGCUCCUAAAAGCUCUGGAGAGUAGCAUCUUCUUCCAUUUCUGCACAAAGGAGUGAUGGUGGUACCAAGUUCUAAGAGUAAACAAACCUUUCAGUAGGGCACAACAUCAACAACUUUUAUCUAACACACUUUGAGGUGUCUACAACUGAGUAAGCUGAUGAAAGUCAGCAGCCUUUAGGACUCAUUUCAUGGUAAAAUGAACCUUGAGAGAAGGAGGAGGUUAUAUUUGUUCUCUGCACAACAGGGAGAGAUGAAAGAUUGUACUGAAACACCAGCAAAUAAAUAAACUCCAAUAUGUAACUAUUGAAAGGGUUUUCCAUACAGAGCAUCUUAUUAGCAGGAGUGUGAACUUUCAGUCGGGCAACCUGAAGCUACUCUGAAGUCUCUUCAGAUGAGAAAUGGAAACUUCUCUCCUUCCUCUGCCAGUGCAAUUCCCAGUAAUAAUAACUACUAUUAUUGUAGCUCAAUGUCAGUACUGUGAUUCCAAAGCUCACCAGGUUAAUAGCUAAAAUUUCUACAGUAAGUCUGAAUGUUUCUAUCUUUACAUAUUUAGUACUUUUCUGGUGAAUGUGCUAUCUACUUCAGCUUUGUUCUCAUCCUGCCCCUG